AUGCAUAGACAAAACCGAGUCUAUAUACUCAACAGGAAGAGCUACUGGGUCACGCAGGAUGCGCAGAGAUUCUCCAAGGCCAUUAGAGGUAUGCUGCAGCUUCAACCUCUGUUAUCUACUUUCCUAAAGUGUGAGGUUGGGAAUGGCAAGGUUGCAGCUUUCUGGUGGGAUUCGUGGACUUCUUUGGGACCACUAGUUGACUUCAUUGGACAGAAUGGUCCGAGAAUGCUGCGUCUCCCUCUUGAUGCGCGAGUAAGUGAUGCCACAAGAGGGACAAAUUGGCAUCUCCCCAAUGCCAGAUCGGAUUCAGUGCAAACACUGCAAAUCCUCCUGACAACCGUCCCGGUCCCACUGGAAGACGCAAGAGAAGAUCUUUUUCUGUGGAGGAAUGCCGCGGGAAACUAUACCAAGGCUUUCUCCUCGAGUGGCACUUGGGACCAACUUUGUGUAGCCUCUCCUCAGGUUCCCUGGUCUAAGAUGGUGUGGUUUAGGCAAGGAAUCCCGAUCGAGAGCUUCUUUCAUUCUCUGGCUUGUCAAUCUCAGGAGGCUUCCAACGAAGGAUCGGCUUCUAAGUUGGGGCAUGACGGUGCCAGCUACCUGCAUUCUCUGUUCGCAGCACCCGGAGUCAUGAUCAUUUCUUCUUCUCCUGCCUUUUCUCUGCGUCCCUUUGGCAGUUCUUUGCCUCUAGGGGUGACGAGUCAGGUUUUGCCUUCCAGACAUGAGCUCAAUUCUGGCAAUCAUGGCGGCUCCGCCUAUCUCCACUUCGCAUACUUUUAUCAUCAUGAAACUGCUCCUCCAGAUCAUUGUCUACUCCCUUUGGCGGGAACGAAAUGCUCGGAUUUUCACAACAAUAACCACUCCCUUUUGUGUGAUAAAGGGUUUGGUGGAUCGCACGGUCCGGGAUCGCCUCCUAUCUUUCCCCUCCGUGAAUGGCUCUCCUUCUCUCCUAGAAACUUAUUUUGGUUGUAUCUCUUAUCUGUUUUGAUAAAUUUUGGCUCAGUUCCUCUUUGGCCUUUUUCAUCUUCUCAAAUGGCUAGUUCUGAAGCAAAUUUACUGGGUAAACGAAAGCCUGAAGAUGAUUUGGAGAUGGAACCGAUUCCAAAGAAACAAUAUGAAAACUCCGAGGAGAAGGAGACGAUGAAAAGAUUUGCUGAUACUCUCCAGCAGAUCACAAGAAGGGUUGAGUUGUUGGAGAAAAAGUUUGAUCAUGCAAAUUUAAUCUCAGCGAAGGAGAAAGUGGAAGUUGUUGAUGAAACUCUCGAUUUUGUUGAGGAAGCUGUCGAACCAAUGAAGACGCUUUUUGUUUCCAAUCUCUCCCAGAACAUCAGAAUGUUAGAUAUCGUCGUUUUCUUCAAAAGUGUUGCACAAGUGGUUCGUGUUCGAAUUAUUGUAACCGACAAGGGCAAGCGUGCCUACUGUGCCUUUGUUGAAUUUGCUUCUGCUGACGAAGCAAAGAAGGCGCUGCAAGAGAAGAACGGUGAAUAUUUGUACGGUCGCAAGGUUUUUCUUGAAGCUGCUGAUAAAGGAGCUAGGUACGUAGACUACCUUGAACGACCAAAAGAAAAAGAUGAGACUGAGACACUUCCUUAUUUUGGUGAUGAGAAAGUAGUCUUUGUUGCCAACCUCUCUCCCCAAACAAAGCAAAUGUUUCAUAUCAUCAAUUUCUUCAAAGAUGUUGGAGAAGUUGUUGGUGUUCGACUUAUUGUAAACCACGAGGGCAAGCAUGCGGGCUAUGGCUUUGUUGAGUUUGCUUCUGCUAACGAAGCUAAGCAGGCGCUGAACCAUAAGAAUGGUAAAUAUUUGCACGAUCAUAAGGUCUUUUUGAUGGAAGGACCUGAUAAAACUCCCGAUUGUGUUGAGUUAGCUGCUGUAAGAAACAAAACACUCUUUGUUGAGAAUCUCUCCCACGGCAUUGGAGUAACAGAUAUCAUCACAUUCUUCAAAGAUGCCGGAGAAGUUGUUCAUGUUCGUCUUAAUGUAGACCCCGCGGGCAAGCAUCUAGGGAGUGGCCUUGUUGAGUUUGCUUCUGCUAGCGAAGCAAAGAAGGCUCGGAAAGAGAAGAACGGUGCAAGUUUGCACGAUAGCAAGAUUGUUGUUAAGAGAGCUCGCUACCCUUGCCCACCCAAGUUUAGCAUAAAUCACUACGUUCGGGACGAAGAAACGGCAGUGGAAGAAGUUGAUGAAACUCCCGAUUUUGCUGAGCACCUUAAAAUUUGCACUUUGGUUCUCGGAGCAAGUUUCGCAUGCACGGCUGAUAUUUUUCUCCUCCACUUUUACAGCAUCUGUUUCUUCAAAGAUGUUGGACAAGUCGUUGGUGCUCGACUUGUUGUAGACCACUGGGGUAAGCCUGUGGGCUGUGCCUUUGUUGAGUUUGCUUCUGCCAGCGAAGCAGAGAAGGCGCUGAAACAGAAGAACGGUAAGAAAUGGGGCGGUUAUAAGAUGUUUGUUGACGUGGCUGAGAUAGCUCCAUACCCUUUCCGACCCAAGCACAAGCGUGCGGAGGAACUUUGGUGCCAAGACUACCUUCGACGAGAAAGCCAUGAUUUUGAUGCAUUCCAGUCAAUCUUGCCCGGUGAGGACGAGGACGACUACGACUACUGUUAG